AUGUCCAGCGCCGGAUACUAUCAGAACCAGCCACAGCAGAGCUACAACGGCGGCUAUCCUCCUCAGGGCCCCCCACAGGGCGGUCCCCCUCCUGUGCGUAUAACGCUGUCGUUAUCCCGUCGCCGUGCAACUUCGUCAGGUGCAACUCAGUUAGUGGGGGGAGUUGGAAGCGCUGACUUUUGA